AUGAUAAUUCAGGCAUCAGCGCAAUCACCACUCGCCAGUCAGUACAGACUAUACGGUAUUUGGUUUCGGGAAUCCUGUUAUUAUUUAUCAUCUAAUUUGUCGCAGCUGCAGUUUUUAAUGUGAGCGGCUAUUAGUGCAAUCACAUUCAAUGUCUAGGUAGAUAUUGAUCAGUACAGAGAUAGUACUUGAACCUUAAUUAAUACGAUUUAAUAUUUUAUUUGAUGGACUGGUGAAAUUUGGGGUACACCGGGUUGAUAGUCGUGUUAUAUAGGUACUUAUCCAAAAAAAUAAUUAUGAUGGGUAUUUGAUAGUAUUAUUAUUGUAAUAUUCAUCCAGUCAUAAUUAUUGUUGGAAAUUUUCGCUUUAUCUCGUCGCCCGAGUAGUUUUUUUUUUUGUACCGUAAUUAAAUUAUAUCUCAUUCGCAUCACGCAUACACAGAAGCAAUAAACGUCGCUACAGCUUUUCAUGAUAAUACGUGUAAAACUAUUUCCCAUAGCCACGAUUAGGUUAUUAUGUGAAACUGUUUACUCGUUUUGGAUCGCCGCCGCACAAAAACGACAAUGACUAACUCAACUUUACUGUUGCCUCAAUACCAUAAGUAUUUAAACGGUGCUCCUGUUCCGUUUAGUCGUCGAACACGAAGAAACAGUGAAUUGUGCUUGGUGGCAUUGGUUUUUAUAUCGUUGUCAGUCAUCUGUUUUGGAGCUCUAUUUUAUUUGCCCGAGUUUAAAGCCACCUACAGUGGUACACUGAAUAAUGUUUACAAGCAAAUACAAAAUGCUGGUCCUGAAUUGCUGUUACCAGCGAGAAGCAACGCUAGACAUGACGGAGUCCUAGAAGAUCCUCACGCUGCAUGGGACAAGGAAGCUUUGUCAGCCAAAAUCGAAGAAGAGGAUUCCGAUAAAAAAAAAGUUUUGGAGAGACCAGACUUGGGCAUUGCUUUCAGUUUAAAUAAUAUUACAGGUACAAGUCUCAAAACAGCUAUUGAACAUGUAGAAACUAGUCUAAAUUAUGGCGAUAACAUGUUAAAUGAGAAAAGGAACACAGUUAAAGCAAUGAUGAAACAUGGUUGGGACAAUUACGUUAAAUAUGCGUGGGGUAAAAAUGAAUUGAAACCAGUAUCAAAACGUGAGCAUUCUGGAAGUGUCUUUGGUUCAGCAAGCAUAGGUGCAACUAUUGUGGAUUCAUUAGAUACAUUACUCAUAAUGGGUUUAAAUGAUGAGUACAAGCGUGGUCGAGAUUGGGUUGCUAAUAAUUUUACUCUUGAUAAUGUGAGAGUAGACAUCUCGGUUUUUGAGACAAAUAUUCGUUAUAUUGGUGGUUUUUUGUCAUGUUAUGCCAUGACGGGUGAUACUAUUUUCCGAGAUAAAGCUGUAUAUGUAGCAAACAAAUUAUUACCUGCAUUUCAAACACCUACUGGUAUUCCAUAUUCGUUAGUCAAUUUAAAAACUGGUAGUAGCAAAAAUUACUUUUGGGCAAGUGGAGGAAGUAGUAUAUUAUCCGAAUUCGGUACAUUACAUUUGGAAUUUGUUUAUUUGUCUGAUAUUACUGGAAACGACAUAUACAGACAAAAAGUUGAACAUAUUAGAGAUUUUGUCAGAGGAUUAGAUCGACCAAAUGGUUUAUAUCCAAACUUUUUAAAUCCUGUAUCUGGAAAAUGGGGACAACGUCAUGUUUCUCUUGGAGGAUUAGGCGAUAGCUUUUAUGAAUAUCUCUUAAAAGCCUACAUUCAAUCGAAUGGAGAAGAUACAAUAGCACGUGACAUGUUUGAUGACGCUAUGGCUAGUGUUAUGGACAAUUUGGUUCAAACGUCUGCUUCUGGACUUACAUACUUAGCUGAUAUGCGUUUUGAACGAAUUGAACAUAAAAUGGAUCAUUUGUCAUGUUUUGCGGGUGGUAUGUUUGCUCUUGCUGGUGAAACACUGGGUAGUGAUUCUUCCAAACAUUAUACUGAACUUGGAGCUCAAUUAACAGAAACUUGCCAUGUUGCCUAUGACAAAACUGCUACAAAAUUGGGUCCUGAAGCUUUUAGAUUUACAGAAAAUUAUGAAGCUGUAGCAGUACGAGGCACAGAAAAGUACAAUAUACUUAGACCUGAAACAGUUGAAUCAUACUUUGUGUUAUGGAGAUUGACUCAUAAUAAUAAAUAUCGAGACUGGGCCUGGGAAGCUGUUCAAGCAUUUGAGAAACACUGCAAGGUUUCAGGAGGAUAUACCGGAAUUAAGGAUGUUUAUCAACUAGAUUCAUUAAAAGAUGAUGUGCAACAAAGUUACUUUUUUGCAGAAACACUCAAAUACUUAUAUUUAAUAUUCAGUGACGACACACUUAUUCCAUUAGAAAAUUGGGUUUUCAAUUCUGAAGCACACCCCCUGCCUGUUAAAGUACGAAAUAAAAUGUAUAGGCAUUAUAAUAAGGAUUAAAUCAUUUACAAUUUUUUUAAACUAUUCGACAUGCAGAUGGUACAAUGUUAAUUGUUACAUUGUAGUGAUAGCAUUUAAAAAUCAACUAUUAUAUUAGCAUUGAGUAUAUAUUGUAUAUUAUUAUAUUAUAUAGUCAAUGAUAUUAGGUAACAAAAUAAUUUGUUUUGUGUUAACUUAUUUAUGUUCUUUUAUCUCACUAGAUAAUUAUAUACAUGGAUAUUAACUUACAUA